AUGGCAACAAGCAGCCUCACAGACCACCAACCGUGGUAUCAACGCUUCCAAUGGUUCAAUUUCUCCAUGCUGAAUACCACCGCCUAUGGGCCCACAAAUCUUACACAGCAUCCACUCCCUGAAAUGCUUCUCGCUGCGUUCAGCGCCGGGAGUCUCCAAGGCUUCAUCCGGUUCUGGGUGCGCGAGCAUCGUCUCCACCACCGACACACAGACACCGGUCUAGACCCGUACAGCGUGAACAAGGGCCUCCUCCACACGCACAUCCUAUAA